AUGGGGAGAAAAGAGAAAGAAACAUUGCAGAAGUCUGGGGGGACGCAGCUGAAGCUGGUGAUGACAUUUCCAAACUACGGACAGGCCAUUUUAAAACCCAUGAAGCAGGAGAGGGAUGAAGAAACCAACAACAACCUCUAUUACUUCUCAGACUUUGAGAGACACAAUGCAGAAAUCGCAGCGUUUCACCUGGACAGGAUUUUGGGUUACCGGAGAAUCCCACCAGUUGUGGGGAGGCUGGUGGAUGUCGUCCAGGACAUCAAAGACGUCACUACGGACCACAAGCUGGCCCAAACCUUUUUUACCUCCCCAGUGGGUAAUGUGUGUUUCUACGGCCAGUGCUCCUACUACUGCUCCACAGAGCACGCUGUGUGUGGCCGCCCCAGAGAGCUGGAGGCCUCGUUGGCUGUCAUGCUGCCGGACCUCUCCUUGGCGGCCCGCAGAACCUGGAGAUCCCCCUGGAGACGCUCCUACAGCCGCACCAAGCUGGCAAAGUGGGAGUCAGAACCCGACUACUGCUCCACGGUGACACAGAACCCGCCGUACAACAAAGGCACCAGACUGGUGGACUUCAUAGAUCUGGUCAUACUGGACUUCCUGAUGAGUAACAUGGACCGGCACCAUUAUGAAACAUUUGAGAAGUUUGGCAACAAUACUGUCCUAGUACACCUUGACAACGGGAGGGCAUUUGGGCGUCACUCCAAAGAUGAGCCGUCCAUCCUGGCUCCUCUGAAGCAGUGCUGCAGAAUCCGUCGCUCCACCUGGCUCCGCCUGCGUCUUCUGUCUCAGCCACGGUACCGCCUCAGCGCCGUCAUGCGGGCCUCGCUCUCCCAGGAUCCUCUUCACAGGGUGGCUCCUCUGCUGGCGGAGCCCCACCUCGCUGCUCUCGACCGCCGCUUGAAAGCUGUGCUGGAGACAGUAAGUUGGUGCCAAAAGAGACAGAAGAGGGAAGAUGGCCGUGAGGAUGAGGUCAUCUACGAUGACAUGGCGUACCUGAAAGACACGGUGACUCCUGCAGGGUAGAGCAGCCUGUACCUGCUCAGAUUAAGUUUAAGAACCUGAAACACUGAAAAUAUAUUUGAGAAAUGUUGGAUUCUACAGUUUGAGUCUCAGAAACGUAACGUCUCAUGCAGCAUGUUGUUAGUUUAAAGAGUUACGUUCAUACGUAUGAUGAGAACUAUCAGUCAGAUAUUUAAUACAAGACAUUUCCCAGGAAGUAUUUUGAUCAUUAUCAAGUUUUGCAAAAAUGUUUAAAGAUUUUGUCGUUUAUUUCGUCAUUUACCUGAAAUGUUGGUGUUUUCAAAUGUGACGACAACUAAACUAUUGUUUUGCACGUUUGAGAUGCAGGUUAGUUUUGUAUUUUAAAUGUUUUCACCUGAACUCACCUGUUUCUGAUCUUUCAGUAAAAUCCACAU